UUUUUAUAGGUGUGGACCGCUCCGUGCUAGCUUUACCCAAGAGAAAAAGAAAAACCAAGCAAAAAGAUGAAGAAGAGGCCAUUAUUGUCAAAUUGUGAAAUAAGGCAAAACAGGAAAACAAAAGAAAAGCAAGCUUCGAUUAAUGUCAAGUGAUCCUGGCAAAACCCCAAAGCCCACUUCUCAGUUCCAUGUCACCAUAUUCUCAAAAACCCCAAUUCUAACACUUGGCCUCCUUUCAAAGAGCCAAGCAACUCUGGUGGCCUUCCUGUUGAGAGAGGGGCCAGCAAUUGAGCUCAAAGGCCAAUUUUGGGUGGUUUAGAGAGAGAGAGAGAGAGAGAGGGAGGUCACCAUGAAGCUGGUGGUGGAGGUGCUGGACUCCAGCAACCUUAUGCCAAAAGACGGGCAUGGCUCGGCGAGCCCCUUCGUGGAGGUCGACUUCGAGAAUCAGAGACAGAGGACUCAAACCAAGCAGAAAGAUCUUAACCCCUCAUGGAACGAGCACCUCGAAUUCCAGGUCGGAGACCCCAACGCGCUGCCGGACCGAACCAUCGACGUGACCGUCUACAACGACCGGAAGGCCUCCUCUUCCGAGCGCCACCACAACAACUUCCUCGGCCGCGUGCGCAUAUCGGGAGCCUCUGUCGUCCCGGAGAGCGAAGCCCGCCUCAACCGCUUCCCUCUCGACAAGCGAGGCCUGUUCUCGCACAUUCGUGGCGAUAUCGCCCUCAAAAUCUACCACACUUUUGAUUUCCCGACGCAGAAACCUCCCAAUGCCGAAAUCCCCAUGGGCUCUGUGCCAAUGCAGGAGGAGACGGUGAAAAAGAAGAGCAAGAAAGAGAAGGAAGGGAGCAGGGUGUUUCAAAAACCAGCGGCGAGCGACCCACCUGGUUUCGGAUUUGGGCUUGGGUUUUUCGGGUUCAAGCCAAUGGAGGAGAAGAAGGCGGAGGCACCACUGCCGCAAGCAAAACUGAUGCAACUGGCGAUGCCUGGUGGUGGGGGGCCAAGUUUUGAGGUGAGGGAGACGGCCCCAAAGAUAGAGGCCUUGCUGAAACGAGGCAAGUCGACGAGCGCAUACGAUCUGGUGGAGCAGAUGCAGUAUCUCUAUGUUCAUGUCGCCAAAGCACGAGACCUUCCGGCCAUGGACGUGAGCGGGAGCUGCGACCCCUAUGUGGAGGUGAAGCUGGGGAACUACAAGGGCCAGACCAAGCAUUUCGAGAAGAAUUUGAACCCUGUGUGGAACCAGGUUUUUGCCUUCUCGAAGGAGAGGUUUCAGGCGAGCGUGGUGGAGGUGGUGCUGAAGGACAAGGAUGUGGUGAAGGAUGAUUUUGUGGGGAGGGUUCUGUUCGAGGUCGGGGAGGUGCCGACGCGUGUGCCGCCUGAUAGCCCCAUGGCACCACAGUGGUACAAGCUUCAGGAGAAGAGUGGGGAGAGGAAGACUAAGGGUGAGAUUAUGCUGGCUGUUUGGAUGGGCACCCAGGCGGACGAGGCGUUUCCGAACGCCUGGCACUCGGACGCGGCGGUCUUGGCAACGCACGAGGGGCUCAUGAACACCAGGUCGAGGGUUUAUGUCGCACCCAAGCUCUGGUACCUGAGAGUCAGCGUCCUCGAGGCCCAGGACUUGGUGGCGUCGGAGAAGGGGCGGGUGCCGGAGGCCACAGUUAGGGUUCAGCUUGGGAACCAGGAGCAGAGGACGAGGCCUGUGGGGAGGACGAUCAACCCGGCCUUCCAGGAAGAUAUGUUGUUCAUCGCCGCUCAGCCCUACGAGGACCGGUUAAUGAUCAUGGUCGAAGACAGGAUCGGACCCGGCAAGGCCGAGCUAAUUGGUAAGAUUGCCAUUCCCCUCACUGGCACGCCGAGCAGGAUUGAUGUCGUCUCCACUCCGUCGCGGUGGUUCAGCCUGGAGAAGCCGACUUCUGUGACUGAGACCGAGGCGGAGAAGAAGAAGGAGGUGAAAUUCGCGAGCAGGAUUCACCUCAGGCUGUGCCUCGAGGGCGGGUACCAUGUCCUCGACGAGUCGACGCACUACAGCAGCGACCUGAGGGCGACACAGCACCGGCUUCUGGCAAAGUAUCCGGCCAUCGGAGUUCUCGAGAUCGGCAUCAUCAGUGCGAACGGUCUUGUGCCCAUGAAGAACAGAGGCGGGCACCAGACCACCGACGCCUACUGCGUGGCCAAGUACGGGCCGAAGUGGGUGCGCACCCGAACCAUUGUCGACUCCCUUCAGCCGCGAUGGAAUGAGCAGUACACAUGGGAGGUGUAUGACCCCUGCACCGUCGUCACCAUCGGGGUUUUCGACAAUGGACACCUCGACGGUGGCAGCGACAACAGAGACAGGAGUAUCGGCAAGGUCCGGAUCCGGCUGUCAACCCUCGACACCGAACGCGUCUACGCUCGUGCCUACCCUCUGAUAGCUCUCCAGCCGUCCGGCGUGAAGCCGAUGGGCGAGCUCCACCUCGCAGUGCGUUUCACCUGCACCUCCUUCGUCAACAUGAUGCAUCUCUACUCGCAGCCCCUCCUCCCGAAGAUGCACUACCUCCUCCCCCUCACAGUAGGCCAACUCGAAAACCUCCGCUUCCAGGCCAUGCAAAUUGUGGCGUCGAGGCUCGACCGCAUGGAGCCCCCCUUGCGCAAGGAGGUUGUCGAGUACAUGCUCGACUCCCGCUCCCACAUGUGGAGCCUCCGCCGCGCUAAGGCUAACUUUCAGAGGGUGGUGUCGGUCCUCUCGGGGAUCGCGGGCAUCAGCCGGUGGUUCGAAGAUGUCUGCAAUUGGCGAAACCCCGUCACCACCAUCCUCUUCCAUGUGGUCUUCCUCAUCCUCGUCUGGCACCCCGAGCUCAUACUACCCACCCUCUUCCUCUACAUGUUCUUAGUUGGCAUAUGGAACUACAGGUUCCGGCCGAGGCACCCGCCGCACAUGGACGUCAGGCUGUCGCACGCCGACCGCUCUCACCCUGACGAGCUCGACGAGGAGAUGGACACAUUCCCGACGAGCAAGGCGACCGACAUAGUGAGGAUGAGGUACGACCGGCUGAGGAGCGUCGCUGGAAGGGUGCAGACAGUGGCGGGGGACCUCGCAACGCAGGGCGAGCGUGCCAAUGCGUUGCUCAGCUGGAGGGACCCGAGGGCGACGGCCAUAUUCGUCAUGUUUUGCUUGUUCACCGUGGUGUUUGUGUAUGCGACACCGUUUCAGGUGGUGGCGGUGCUGGUGGGGCUCUACCUUCUGCGCCACCCCCGGUUCAGGACCAAGCUGCCCUCCGCCCCCCUCAACUUCUAUCGCCGGCUACCAGCCCAGUCGGACCGCCUCAUCUAGUCCUCCUUUUUUUCUUUUUUUCCGGCCAACUCCUUGACCGAAUCUUUGGUCACUAUUAUUUUUCUCGUCUUAUUGGGCUCAGAUCUUCAAUGUUGUAAUGAUACAUAGUAAUAAGAAUAAUUAGUCUAAGUGGUGUGUAUAAAAUGAUACACCGACUUUUUCUGAUCCGUGGGGGAAAAAAGGGGCCUACUUUAUGUGUCUUGGAGAAUUAGAGAUGGAUUGGGAGAAUUAGAGAUGGAAUGUGACUAGGAUGUAAAUUUUGAUCGGAUUUUGAGCUUUUGGUAUUUCAAUAAAGUUUCCUUUCUUGAUUUCA